AUGUACACAUCAAAUUCUUUUUUACUCCUUCUCUUACCCCUCGUCGCGGCAUUCGCAGAUCCAGCUUUACACAAAGCAGCAAGAUCUAGAUCUAGACAUCUCCCAGCGAAUCCAUUACAAAUCCGUCAUAAUGUCAAAGCGCGACAUGACGAACUCGAACAUGUUUCCCCAAGAAUAUCAAAGAGGGAUUCUUAUAAUGGUCGAGCUACAUUCUACGAUGUCGGUUUAGGAGCUUGUGGUUGGUGGAACGUAGCUUCGGAUUACAUCGUUGCACAGAAUUCCGAUCAAUUCGGAUCUUCUUAUCCUUCACCUAAUUGUGGGAAAUCUAUCACUAUUUCUUAUGGUGGGAAAACGGCUGUAGCUCAAAUCGCGGAUGAAUGUCCUACUUGUCCUUAUGGAGGUUUGGAUAUGAGUAGAUCUUUGUUUGAUCAUUUUGCUUCCGAAGAUGUAGGAACUUUUCAAAUGACUUGGUGGUAUAACGAUGGUUCUUCUUCACCAACAACGACCACCACCACUACUCAAUACACUCCAACAUCCACUUACACACCACCGACAUCAACAUACGUAGCACCAACAAGUACUUACACUCCACCUCCAUCGACAUCUACAACUACCACCGAUACCUCUACUUCCGUACCUACAUCCACAUCCAUUUCAACAUCUAUCUCUAUCACCGCUUCCACUUCCGCGUCAAUAUCCGCUAGUGAAAGUAUAAGCGCUUCGGCGAGUCCUAGUCUUAUUCCUGUGGCUGCGAUGCAGAACAGUACAGUACCCAUCACUUCGAAUUCUACUGAAGUAGGUGAUGUGGGUGAUGUAGAGGAUCAUCAAGUUCAGAUGCAAUUAGGGAAUUUGGUUUUGAUGAGUCAAGCAGUGGCCACGUUAGGUCAAGUGGUCGUUGCUGCUGCGUCCAGUUGAGGAUAGUCUUCGUUCAGUUGGAUCUCGUAUAUUCAUGGAGAUUUCUUCAUUGGAGAUCUUGCUCUUUUGCUUCAUUUGACACUCCUUCUUAUUGCCAUAACAAGUGAAUUGUACGGGAUGAAUGAAAUUUGGAAAGGAAAGAGUGAAGGAAGAUAAAUGGGAUGGAUGAGAAGGAGAAAGUGGUCAAAGGAAGUGAACGGGGGAUGGUGGAGCGUGGCUCAAUUGGUCUGGUAGCAUGGACGAUAAACACUUUCUUUCAAUGAAGGACAUUUUGACAUUUUGACACGUUAUUUACAUUUUGGGCUUUGGGUAGUAUCUAUCAAUUCUUUUUGUAUCAUAGUCACCCACUGUCCCAUGAACAAUUUUGCACUUGAAACCACUUAUCUUCCUACUCUGAUAAUCAUGAAGAGAACGGAGUAUAUGUCCAAAAUGCAUCGUUGUUAUCAUGCUUUC